CUAGAUGCCAACUUUUGUUUAUCAAUGGCGACCACUCGUGAAUCACUAAGAAGAACUUCAGAAUGGUAUACGAGUCAUGGCCUAGUAUACAUGUAGAAAGUACAAAGCCAUGGUGAAACAAACGAUUAAAAUCUUUGCUCGAGUGAAGCCGACAAAAUCAAGGGCAGGGCUGUAUGACAUUGAUGAAGAUGAGCAAACAAUCCCCCGUUUGACGCUUUGUGUGCCAAGAGAUCUGAAAGAUGGUUUUGUUAACAAUAAAAAGGAAAAUUACAAGUUCAGAUUUGAGAAAGUCUUUGAUCAGCAAUGCAAGCAGGAUGAAGUUUUUGAACAUGUUGCAAAACCUGUGGCUGACAAUAUUUUAGAAGGCUACAAUGGGACUAUUUUUGCCUAUGGACAGACUGGGAGUGGUAAGACAUUUACAAUCACUGGUGGAGCAGAACGGUACGGUGAUCGAGGAAUCAUCCCCAGAACUCUGUCGUAUCUCUAUGAACAGUUUGAGCAGGAUUCAGAAAGAACAUACACACUCCAUGUUUCAUACUUGGAGAUUUAUAAUGAAUAUGGGUAUGACUUACUGGAUCCCAAACACGAAGCUACAAAAUUAGAGGACUUGCCGAAGGUGGCGUUGAUGGAAGACUCGGAUCAAAACAUCCACUUGAAGAACCUGUCUGUACACACAGCAUCAAAUGAAGAGGAGGCCCUCAAUCUUUUGUUUUUAGGGGACACAAAUAGAAUGAUAGCUGAGACUCCUAUGAAUCAGGCUUCCACUAGGUCACACUGUAUUUUUACCAUCCAUGUCACCUCACGAGAAAGUGGAUCAGCCACCAUACGGAGGUCUAAACUCCACUUGGUGGAUUUAGCAGGAUCUGAAAGAGUCCAUAAAACAGGAGUGAAUGGUGUGUUACUGACAGAAGCCAAGUACAUCAACCUUUCUCUUCAUUUCUUAGAACAGGUGAUCACUUCCUUGGCAGAGAAGAAUAGACAGCACAUUCCAUACAGAAACUCGAUGAUGACCUCAGUGCUUCGAGACAGUUUAGGUGGAAAUUGUAUGACAACCAUGAUAGCUACAUGCUCUGUGGAAAAACGCAACAUUGAUGAAUCUAUAUCCACUUGUCGUUUUGCACAAAGAGUGGCAAUGAUCAAGAAUGAUGUCAUGGUUAAUGAAGAGCUUGAUCCUAAGCUUAUGAUACAAAGAUUGAAAAGAGAGGUUCAGACACUGAAGGAAGAACUAGCCCUGGCCACUGGGGAACAGAGGACAGAUGCUCUCACUGAUGAGGAGGUGGACAGAUGUAGAGAGGCUGUAUCAGCCUAUCUGACAGACACAGACCCUGAUGCCAUUUUAUCUGUUGGUGCUGAUAUGAGAAAAAUUCAAGCCUGCUUCUCUAUACUAAAGAAAUAUGUCCUUGAGAAGCCAAAGGUCAAAGAGGUGGAAAGAACCCCCAGAAGUUCACGGAUUGAGAACUUUGGUCCACCCCCUGAGGCCCCAGAUACAGGACCUUAUAAGGAUACAGAAAAUGAUAGGCUGAAAGAACUAGUACAUCAGAGAGACAAUGAGAUCAAUAUUUUAGUUAAUAUGUUGAAAAAAGAAAAGAAGAGAGCCCAGGAUGCUAUUUCUGAACUAGAAAAUUUUGGCCAGCUUCCUCGACAGUCUUCCUCAGCAAGCGAGUCGAGCAUGGCUAAUAGUCGCUCCAACAGCAGAAAUCAGAUGGGUCCAGAAAAGACACGAAAAAUGUCGCAGAAUGAAGAAAGAACCAAACACAAAAUUUUGGGUGACAUGUCGGUAGGCAGACAGGAAGCCUUCGAGAUUUUCAGGAGAGACUACUAUAAUAACCCCACCAUAGAGGAAAACAAAUACAAUCUGAAACAGAGAUAUGCAGAGGCCAAAUCCCUGGGGGAGAAGGUCAACAAGACCAGGCAGAAAAUAAAUCAUGUUAAAGGCCAAAUAGAGCAGCAUAGAAUGCAACUAGCCAUGCAAGGUCUUGUUGAUGGUAACAACCAAGAAGCAGAUGAGGUGGAACAAGAACUAAGAGAUGAAAUGGAGGAGGAGAAAUUAAGAUACAAAGAAAGCUUCAGUCGAUUAAGAACUCUCAAAACAGAAAUAGAACAUCUGCAGCAUCUGUUAGAGAAAUCCAAAGUCAAAUUGAUGAAAGAUUUUGAAAUAUGGUUUGCAGAACAAGCUGCUCUUAAUCAUCAGGAGUCAAAUGUUACAAAUAGCAGAUCUGCUUGGAGAACGCCAACUCCCCAAAAAAGACGAGAAGGGACUUAUGUUACGAACUCAAUAAAUCCGGAGAGGACGUACAUAGCAAAUUCAGCAAACCCAGAGAGGACAUAUGUAACUUCUGCUUCAUCAGAAAAAGAUCCGAGUCGACAGCAACCAUCUUCUGGACGCAGACAGAAGGUGGCUAACAGCAUUAACAGCAGCUUUAACAACCUCAGACCCCUCCCCCCCACCCACAAUGGUCACAGUGGUGGGGGUGAGGAUGACGCUGCAAUCAAUGGUUAUAGAACAAAACAAAACAACAUUCCAAUGACAGGAGACCCAAAGGCAGAUGCUGAUAUUAUGGCCUUUAUUAAAGCUAGACAGAAUAUACUCAGAAAAGCACAACUAGAUCAGAGAUGACCAAACUGACAUAAAAAUGGAAAUCAGCUAAUUCAGAGCAUUCACACCUAUACAUGUACUGGUCGCUGUCAUUGCUACACAAACUGUCCAAUAGGCUAAUGUUAUAGAACUAGAUCCAGCACUACCAGGUGCUUUCAGUUCAGAGUUCUGCUAUGGAGUUAAUUCCCUUGGAACUGUUAGGACAUAGUAAUGAUACAAUGCACUCUCAAGCUUCAGUAUUUUGAAGAUGAAGAUUUGGGGAGAUUCCAGUUGUUCAUUAUCUAGAGAGAUAUUGAUUGUGUUCUAUGUAUUGUAUUUAUAAUAGAAAAUCAUUUUAAUAAAACAUAUAUAUUUGCUACUAUAUAUGUUGCAAACUAUCAA